AUGACCGGAUCCAGGAAACCGAACAAGCAUCGAGGUCCGAGAAGGACGGACAGAGCCCAAGCCAAGAAGUACUACAAUGCUCGAGAUCAAGCGACGAAAGCUCAACGCAUCAAUCUAGCGACAGCCCGCGACGAAAUCCACAGACUUGCAGCCGAGCUUACCACCCAGCAGCAGAAUCUUGUUGAGCGGGCCCGAGCAAUGGCGAGGGAGACUCCACUAGUGUGUCGAACAUGCACCCAGCGUCAAUACCCUUCCUGUCGAUGUAUGGUUGAACAGUUCAUGCACGCGGAUGCUACGUCUGUUGAGGACAGUGAUGAGUCGACCGGCUAUCUGGGAGGAGAAGAUUUCACAAUCGUCGAUCCAGGAAUGGCAGAAGAUGGGCAUGAACAAGGAGGGCCAGUCAUGAGCAGUCGAGCGGCCGACACUGCAAUUGCUGGUAUCACGCCGCAGUCGGCCCCUGGUGAAGAAGUACAGACAAACGAAGCAGCAGUAGCGCUCACUGACACUCCCGCUGAGACCGCCGCAAGCACUUCUCAGGCAGAGAAGCGUAGUCGUAGAUGGUUGCCCACCCUGUUCUAA